UAAGUAAUAUUUUCAAAAACAUUUACACUUUUUGAAAUAAUGAGUUUUCAAUGCUAAAAGAAUCACCCUGUAUAUUAUAAUUAUUAUAAUAUAGUUCAAUGGUUGGGUCACAAAAUUCUGUGGUGGAGUCAAAUGCUUAUCAGUUAUCAGUUAUCACUCAAUCGUGUUCGUGAAUCGUGAGCACGUGUGUAGUUAACACUUAAAAUUGCCACUUGCCGCACUUACCAGUUGCCACUGUGGCACCCGAGCACCGUAUCACAGGAACAUGACGAGGUUUGCCAGAGCUCGAGGCUCUAAAUCAUCUAAUCAAAAAAUACCGGAGGAAGCAACACCAUGGUUGGAAAUGAAAGAAAAGCCACAGCAAACCGGAGACGACGAGUCCACGACAAACGCUGUGGAAGUGUCGGAAGAGAAUCGCAGUAGCAAGCACGACUCGUAUUCGAACGUGGAUAAAUUUGACGGGUUCAGCGUGUUGAAAGAGGAUGCGGUGAAACUGCGAGUGGAAAAAUUCAAGUUAAUUAAACAGGGUGUGCCUAGACAUCAGCUGAAGGCACAGUUGAUGCCAAUGCGUCGACGCGCUGAGAAGAAACUCUCCAGGCUCAGACAAAAAGCAUGUUUUCAUUGCCGACAGCCUGGUCAUAUGCUAAACCAAUGCCCGGAGUUGGGUACCAACACAGCAUUGGGAGUGUGCUUCAAGUGUGGAUCGACAGAACACAAAUUACAUGAAUGUCGUAAUGCAGGAAACAGUAAUCAACUUGAUUUUGCCAAAUGUUUUAUAUGCAAAGAAGAAGGACAUCUUUCACGCCAAUGUCCAGAUAACCCUAUGGGAUUAUAUCCAAAUGGAGGAGCUUGCCGAUCUUGUGGAGAUGUUACCCAUUUUGCCAAAGAUUGUCCAGAAAAACAAAAGAGAAAAAGAGAAGAAGAUGAUCUACCUACAGUUGGAAUAAUGGACAAUCGAGCAAUUGAAGAGUUAGAUGAUGAAAGAAGCCACAAAAAACACAAACAAUAUAAUUUAAAAACAUUUAACAAAAAAAAAAAAGUCAUAAUGAUGAAGUAAACAUAUCUUAACUAUUAUUUUAUUAAUAAACAUUUAAAAACUAUA